AUUAAAAUAAAAAAAAUAAGUUGGUUAAUAAAUGAAAUUUAAUUAACAUUAAUUUAUUAAUAUAAAUAAUAAGUCAUAUAAAUAAAUCAUAUAAAUAAAUCAUAUAAAUAAAUCAUAUAAAAUAUAAAUAUAAAUAUAUACAAAUAAAUAAUAAUCUAAUAGAAAAAAAAAGUUUUUCUAUAUUUUCUUUUUUUUAUUUUUUUUUAUUUUUUUAUUUUGUUUAUUUUUUUAAUCAUUUAAAUAGUUUUUGUCUUUUAAAUUCAAAAAAUGAAGAUUAAUAUUCCAACAGAACCAAUUGGCAGUAUACCCAGACCCAGAUAUUUAAUUGAUUCUUUUAAAAAAUAUAAUGAAGGUUUAAUUACCUAUGAAGAGUAUAUGUCAAUAUGUGAUAAAUCAUUAGAAGAAACAGUUCAUGGUUUUUUAGAAGCUGGUUCUGUAGUAAUUACAGAUGGAGAACAAUAUAAACCAAAUUUUAUAACGUACCCAAUACAUGGUUCAAAUCAAGUAAUAGACCAAAAAAAUAAUGAAAAGAAAGGAUUUAUAAUUCAGUUUCAAGAUGGACAUAUAAGGCAACUACCAAUUUUAUCGGGAAAGAAUCUACCAUUUAAAUAUAAACAAUAUGCCAAUGAAUACCUAAGUAGAGUUAAAAAAAUGUUUCCAUAUGCAAAAAUCAAACAAACUAUAAUAAGUGUUUCAGCAAUGUCAUUGAUCUAUCCAGCCAACCAACAAUUUGAAAAAUAUAGUAAAGAUGAAUUUUAUAAAGAUAUGCUUAAUGAAGUGGAAAAGGAAAUUCGAAUGUGUUUGGAAACUGGUGUAGAAUCCAUUCAAAUCGAUGCAACAGAGGCUAGACUCUCAUUAAAGAUCGAUCCAAGUGGUCAAAUGUUAAAAAAAUUUAUAGAUUUAAAUAAUCAAUUACUCAUUAGGUUUAAUGAUGAAGAAAUUCAAAAGAUUGGUAUACAUUCAUGUCCUGGUGGGGAUAAAUCAUUUCAUAGUUCAGAUGUUGAUUAUUGUAGACUAUUAAUACCAUCAUUAUUUAAGCUACGUGUAUCAAGGUUUUAUCUAGAGUUUGCAGCUGAAAAAGAUAAAAUAAGAAUAUUGGAAUGUAUUGCAAAAAAUAUUAAACCCCAUCAAAUAGUUUUCUUUGGUGUAAUUAAUGUAGUGGACCCAAGAGUUGAAACUCCUGAAGAGGUCAGAGAUUUAGUAUUAGAGAUUGCCAAAUAUAUACCAUUAAAUCAAAUUGGAACAUGUUGUGAUUGUGGUUACUCUCCAUUUUCGCAACCUCCCAUAGGUGGAUAUCCUCAAACCCACUCUCUUGAAAGUUCAAGAGAAAUAGCAUUUAAAAAAAUAAAAAGUAGAGUUGAAGGGACAAAAAUGGCCGAAGAUAUUUUAAAUCAUUUAUUUUCAAUUAGUAUUUCAACAAAUCCAAAAUGAAAAAAAAAAAAAAAAAAAAUUAAUAAUCGAAAAAAUUAAAAAAAUUCUAAAUCAUUUUUUUAAAUAUAAAAUAACUUGUAUAAAUUAUGUUGGUAAUAAUUGUAAAAGUAAUAAUAAUAAUCCAUUUUAAAAAUAAAUUAAAAUUAAAAAAAAAACGAAAAAAAAAAAGAUUUUUUUUUUUUAAUUUUAUCAC